AUGGCAUCAACAAUAAUUGAUGAUCUUCCAACACAUAUUGAAAUGCAACUAACCAAAUCAUUAAAUGAAGUUUUGGCAAAAGAAAAUCUCAUUACUAUUGAUGAAGAUUUAUCUCUACAUAGGGUAAAAGUUUUGACAAUGCUAAAUAAUUUAUUUAAAGAAUGGACACGUGAAGUAAGUAUGGUAAGGGAUUUACCAAAUAUUAUUAAAUAUAAUGUAGGAGGAUUAUUUUGUACUUUUGGAUCGUACCGUCUUGGAGUACACCAUAAAGAUGAUGAUAUUGAUGUAAUCAUCAUUGUUCCUAGACAUAUAACCAGAGUUGAUUAUUUUUCAACGUUUUAUAAUAAAUUAAAAAAAAACCCUGCUAUACGGUAUGUAAGAGCUAUAGAAACAGCUUUUGUUCCUGUGAUUAAAAUGGUGAUACUAGGAAUUGAAAUUGAUAUGUUGUUUGCGUCUUUGGAUUUAAAAGAAGUGGACAAAAAUAUUAAUUUGGAACGAGACGAUUUACUGAGAAAUUUGAAUGCCAAAUGUGUACGCAGUUUAAACGGUUGUCGGGUCGCAAAUUCGAUUUUACGAUUAGUUCCAAAUCGAAAAACAUUCCAGAAAACAUUGAUCGUCAUUAAAUUAUGGGCUAAACGUAAAAGAGUUUACUCAAGUAUUUUGGGAUACCUCGGAGGUAUUUCUUGGGCAAUAUUAGUGGCAAGAAUAUGUCAAUUGUAUCCAAAUUCAACGCCCGUUACUUUGGUACGCAAUUUUUUUGUGAUUUUUUCUAAAUGGGACUGGCGUCAACCAGUUUUGUUACAACCAUUGUAUCGCGUGGAUCUUGGAUAUCCAGUUUGGGACUCAAAAACAAACAAGUCGGACAGUACUCAUGUUAUGCCUAUUAUAACUCCAGUUUAUCCUCAACAAAAUUCAACUUAUAAUGUAUCUAAAUCUACAUUAAACAUCGUACGUAAGGAAUUUAAAACUAGUUUAAACAUAAUAACAAGAGGAAUUAUAGCUGGAGAAUUUAAUUGGACGACAUUUUUUCAACCAUCAAAAUUCUUCACAAAGUAUAAAUAUUUCUUAUCCAUAAUUGUACUUGCAAAAUGCGACGAAGAUUUAUUUGAAUGGAGAGGUUUUGUCAAAUCAAAACUGCGUUUCCUGCCCGUGUUUUUAGAACGAGAUGCGUGUGUGCGAAAAUCUCAUUUGAAUCCGGAUCAAUUUGUGCUACCAGCUGAAAUGUCACAAGGCAAGCCAUCAUCAGUUUGGUUUAUUGGUCUUGAAACAACAAAGUGCAAUGGCAAGAAUGCUAAUUUAGACUUAAGCACACAUAUUCGAGAUUUUUGCUUGCUACUAAUCAGAACUAGAACUAAAGCUAGAGAUGGAAUGGAAAUUCAAGUUAAUCAUUUAAAACAAAAAGAUCUGAAAGAUUAUGUACCUAACGAGUUAAAUAAUUAA